GGAGAGGCGGGUAAACAUGUAAACAGACGGGACGGCCUGAGCGCUGCCUGAGCUUUACUGUGUUUGUUUACUAGCAGAAGUGAUAACUUCAGAGGUCUGCCUCUUCUUUUUAACGGUUUUAACAUCCCGGUUAUUUAUUCGAAGACAACACGGUUUGAUUUAAACAGGAAAUACGCCGUGAUGAGAGCUAGCUUAUUAGCGUUAGCAAACUUAGCGACGCUAGUUAGCUUCUAAGCUUCUAGCUCCACGCGGAACUGUCCAGUAGUGUCCAGCAGUGUCCAGCUGUGUCCCUGUGGACACCAUGGAGGACUAUGACACGUUUGUACAGCAUCGGCUGUCCCAGCUGAGGAGGAAGGAAGAGGAGCAAGAGCUCAGACCUGCAGCUUCUGUCAUUCGCUUCUAUGGACGACCCAUCCUGCCUCCACUGCUCUCCGGGAAACAGAGAGAGGAGAUGCAGCGCUACAGAGAUGAAAUGCAGAAAGCUGCUGUCUGCAGAAAGUUGAGCGAUGACCCCAGACUGGCCUGUGUGCAAAGUCUCCUGCACAACGUUCAGCUCAGGAAGACGCCAACACUGGAGGAGUUGCUUCAAGAGCCAGAGAUCGCCACGCCGUGUUUGUAUUCCCGUAACACCAGCAGUGACUCAGUGCCCCAGAGUGAUGCUUUGUGUGGAACAAAACAGAGACGUUCGCCACCUGCAAGGGAAGAAAACAGCAGCUUUGGUCUCCCUCGGCUGACAUCGACAACACACAGUGCCUUUUUCAGUUCUGACAGGACACCUCAGCAAACUCACCACGAGAGAUGCCUUAUUGACCAACGUGACAGCCAACAAGAAUCACAGCCAACUUCCUUUAAUGGUGCAACCCACCAAUCACUAUCCUCAGGUUACGUGACCUAUGUGAAUGUCGAAAACUCCCCGUCUGUUUCUGAAAGGAUCGAUGCGGAGAGCGAGAGUGCUCGCUUUGGCUCUUCACAGGGACUUUUUAACAUGGGUGGAUUUUUCCAUCACAAUACCUCAAGCACAAUUGCCAAGAUGCCAGGUAUAAUCAGCUACCCCCCCGUAGAUGGAGAGGAGCUAGAGAGGAGUGGCCUGGAGAUGUCCCUUUGUAGUAACGUAUGUGGAGUGGAAGACAUUUGUGGCACUUCCUUUCAGGAGGAUUCAACCACACGUCGCAAUGUUCCUGCAGAAAUAUCUGACAGCAGUCAUUUGGACAGCGUCGAGCACGAAGGUGACAUUCCGUCUGCCGACUGUGACACAGAUGAGAACGUCCAUCAGUCGGACAAUUCAGACAUCUCGCAGACAUUAAACUGCCAUCACUCCUUAACAACAGAACGGCGCAUUGUGCAAAGCUCCGAAGAAGCAGAACCAAUGCACAGCCCAGCAGAGGAAGCAGACUCUGUGCCUCCAGAAGAGCCUGAUCGUCUCAGCCUCCAGGCCCUGCUCAAGAAGUCUCAGGAGUAUCGACGGCGCCAGCGGAUGCUUCGGAACCGAGCCAAAAACACUAAAAUCCAAGAGAGGACCCAAGAACAGCCAAGAGCAAGGACAGAGGAGCAGAAUCUCUCUGAUAAGGAGAAUGAAGAGUUCUCUCACACGGGCACAGUGACAGCAGGGGGUAAGAAAACCAAAGAGAGCAGGGAUACUUUCAUCCCAUCAGUGGAAACAUCUACAAAGAAAUCCUGGGACAAUGACAAGAUGGUAGAAGAUGAGUUCAUUUCUGUGAAAAUGAACAAUACAUCUGAAGUUUCAACAGAGGAGGAAAACAUGAAAGAGCCGAGUAGUUCUGAAGAAGGAACAACCUUCAGAAAUAAUCAGCUGAACAUCCCGAGAAAGAUCACAACAAGCCACAAACAAAGUGGCGCCUUCAUCCAGCAGCAGCCCACCUCUGCCGAACCCCUCAUUGCUCACGACGCGUUUUACUUGACCACGUGUUCCACGGCGUUUCAUAAAGGGCCCCAGAGAUAUCGCACUGUCCCAGUGCCUCAUUUCUGUAAGAGUCCCACUGCCUUUAAAAGCAAAGGCAACGUCGGAGCUGUCGGUGGGGAAACCUCGCAUGGGAAAUCUACUUUUAGCACAGGCGUGAAUGAAGACGUCAACCUGCUACACCAAAACAAUCACACCGCGGGUCCGUCUGCAGUCAGCCUCAUCGUCGAAGGGGACGUAACAAGUGUUUUAGCCAGAAGUUCACAGAAUAUAGACCAACUGGAGUCCAACCUUUCCAUCUUAAAAGUGCUGAUCUCAGAUCUGGAAUCUACGGUCAAAGAAAAUUUGGACAAUCAGUGCCAAACCGAGAGCAACACACAGAGCGAGCUGAGCUUUAAGAGCAUCGAGCAGUCUGAACACUCUGGAAAUCACCAACUGACGCUGCUGAAUCACUGCGACCGGGACUUCUGGGAGGACAAACGGAGAGACGGGGAUGGGAAUGAUGCAGACCACCGGGAGUGUCCAGGAAGACGCUCAUUCAACAACAGCCAGUGCUUGAGGACGGAUGAGAAUUCAGGACUGGAUUCGAGCUUCAGUGACGUGGAAGCUGUUCUCCUCACACACCAGGGAAAAGAAACCGAGACAAUUACUGAGCUCAGAAGGAAGGAUAGUGAGAUGAACACUCCACUGCAGAAUCCACCUGCAUGGCGGAGAAACCUUCCCGACAUGUUCCGAACGGCUCCAUCCGAAAGCACAGCUCCGCGUGGCGUCUCGGUGCUCUCAGAUACCAGUAACCACCACCCUGUGGAAAGAAAAGACCGGCCGUCUGCAGGAGGCCACGGCUCCUUCUACUCUCCUUCCCUCAACCAGUCGUACGACGUGGACACGCCGUCUGACCUCUGGCAGCAGGAAGGAUCGGGAUCCGGCGUGAGCUCCCAAGGUCGUGUUGUUCAGGAGGAACCUCUGACUCCAGAGAGCAGGGGGGAAGGUGAGGAAGCAGCGUCCAAGGUCAAGCGGAGGUUGCUCAUGCACUUGAUGGAGGAGAGCCCGAGUAAUGGCAGAGCAGCAGGAGGGCCUGCGUUCAGGCCCAGCUCUCCGACAGCUGCAGCGCACAGCCGCGAAGCCAGCGGCGCCCCGAAGGACAGACGGGAGCAGCUCAGAGAGAUCCACGCCGCCCAGGUCCGAGCUCUGCAAGCCGAGCACAGGAAGCAGCAGGAGGAGCUCCGGCAGGCGCUGGCAGUGCGUUACCGUCUCCUCCAGAGUGUGUCCUUCCCUUGCUCCAUGUCAAGCUCACGUCUCAGAGACACGGUGACCUUUCCCGCUCUCUCAAAGCCCCGCGGCUCUCCCCCGCAGCACUACCGCCCCCUCCUGGCAGCGGCCGCGAAGGGUUUCCUGACUCGCCGGCUGCUGAGGACGGAGCGAGUGGCACAGCUGGUGCGCACCGUCAGGGACACGCAGCAGUUCCUGCAGGCCUUCCAGCAGCAGCCGAGCCCCGGCAGAGAGUUCUGGAGCAGGCAGGACCUUUUACUGCAGGAGAGAGUCACUCUGCAGCUGCGCGCUGCGCGUUACGAGGUCUACGACAUAUUCUUCAGCCUGUCGGCCAGCGAGCGGAUGCAGCUGAUCGGCUGGGACAGAGAGCUGACCAGAGAGAGAGAGCACCGGCGACAGAGUGGCAAUGCCGGUCAUCCCAAGAGAAAGAGUUCUCUGUCGGCAGCUACCCAGAAGUCCCUGGAGAGGAAGAGAGGAGUGCUGAUGCAGAAGAAGGCUGCCGUAAGGAACGGGCCGGCCCGAACCAACACCAGACAAAAGACUGGGAUUUCUCCUGAGCAGCUACCAGAAACCAAAGCAGGACAGUUCAGAGCGAAGCCCCAGAGGGUCUCAAAGAGCUCGUCCUGCUCUAGACCCCGGUGACACUUCGCUAAUUAGCCCCAGUGAGGACUGCUAACGGGGCCUCUGGCGACGGCAUGAAUAGUCUGACUAAUCAUCUGAGUUCCUCCAUCUAAAAUCCAAAUCUGACUCCCAGCUGGGGCCUGUUGCUGACUAAUAUAUUACUUCAUAUCUGGAGUUGGGAUGAUUUUUUAUUUUAGCCUACGGUCUCACAGGGUUUAGUUUCCAAGCUUCUACAGUGAAGCGUGUUGAGAGAGUUUCACUGCAGUCAGGAUUUCUAAAUUGCAAGGUCUGCUUCUUGUGUGCAUCGCUUCGGCGUGGCUGAAGAUGAAAAACAUCCUUCCUCAUCUUUAGGUAGUAACACUUUAGGUAGUUCACUGAACCUGUGUUAAGUCAUUAAAACAUUCUGCCCAUCUCGUACAGGUGUACUGAUAGAUCAACAGUGACUUCCCCCUGUGUAAACAAUGUUUCUCACUCCAAAUUUUGAUGAUGCCAGUGAGUAUCCAGCAUGCUUAUUAGAACGUCCAGUCAUUCUUAGGAUUGACUGUCAAAUGUCUUCACCAGAAAGCGAACGCUGGGAUCACACACAUUUAGAGAUGUUAUGUACAUUGAUUAAUUUCUGACUCAGGGUAAAGUUUCAAAGAGAGAGUGUGGUCGCUGGCAUGUCGGAAGCCUUUUGAGUGCCAUCCACAGCACGCUGGGGACCCAGUGUCCUACCAGUUUAAAGGUGUGCUCCCAUUUGUCAGGUCUGGUUAGAUUUAAAUGAAUCUCAGUGCAAACACCCAGUCUGUCUGUCCAUGUCUGAGGGUUGAAUAAUCACAUAAUUUUAAACAGGUAUUGCUUAGCUUCCGAACUGUUAAUUAGAUUUUCAGUGGAGGUUUCAGGAGCAGUGGUGAGCUUUAUAUGCACCAAAUUCUUAUGUUAGUUCAUACAGUUGGGGAAACUUUACAUAUUUUGUACCUGGUAGUGCGUCCUCAGCUUGUGAAAAAUGAAUCUCAAUAAUCUCCCACACCACUAAGUCAGCCUUGGGGCUGGAAAGUACAACAGCAAAACCGUAGGGUUAGUUACACUGACCUUAACUUUAGCACAAUGCAGCUAACCUCAAUGUCUGCAUCUGAAAAAUAAAGCACUGGUGUAACUGGUCAAAUGCAAAAAUCCACCAGCACUCCUCGUGAGUGCGACUCUGGUAUUGUAGAAUUUGGCUUACUGGUACACUUGAUGGAAAAUUUGCAUCGACUGUAUUUUACUUACGCUUUUCUUUUGCGAAACAGUCUGAAGGGCCAAGUACCAAAAUACAAAGUCUGACCAUUGUUAGUUAUUUAUACACUUGUGUUCACGAAAGGUCGGUAGUUAUUUGAUUUUUGUGUAAUUUAUUAUUUUUUUGUUGAUGCAUUGUUUUUGUCGAUGCACAUAUGUAAAUGUUACUUGCUUUUACAGUUUUACAAAUUUCAGUAUGAUGUAGGAAUUUCUUUCAGACAAUAUGAUCAGUUAAAGGUAGAACCAUAACACUAGGUUGUUUAUCUUUCUGUUUACUUAGUUUAUUGAACUCUGACCCCUUUAGUGUGAUACUGGCAGUAUUUAUGUACUCUGAUGUUCAUAUCCUGAUAAUAUUCGGUUGAAUACUUGAACAAUCUGUUACCCUUCAGCUUCGCCUUAAAUAUUUUUAGUGUAGUGAGAUUGUCAGCCAAAAGUCACGCACUAAUUUGAAGUUUUGUUUUGUUUUUCACUUAUUCCAGUUCUGUUUUAUAUAUUAUUUAUUUGUAUGUUUGGAAAUAAACAAUGAUUACCCUAAA